AUGGGUUUCUCAAAACCCCCUGUCCAGGCGCUCAAAGUGGCCAACAAGGUGAAGCGCAAGGAAUUGUUCAUCGCCCAUAAGAAGGCCAGCAACAAAGAACGCCACGAGGAACGACAUCGCCGCCGGAGAGAAGAGAACCGCGACCCUGAGCUCAAGGCAGCCCGUCUCGCCAAGAAUGUCCCGCGAACAUUGGAACACAAGCGAGUCUGGGACGAUGUGGACGAUGACAGUCUUGGAGCCGUGGUGGACCUCGAGCAAUUGAAGAGGAGACGCAUCGAGCAGGCCGAAGCCGAAGAGCGAGCGGCAGUCGAGGAAGCAGAGAAGAUGGAAGAGGAGGAUGACGAUGACAACGACAGUAUGCUGGAUUCAGACGAAGACGAAGACGAGGAGGCACGAGAGGCUAGACUGGAGAGGCAACGGGAGAAGCGAGCUCAGAGAGUCCCCAGCAUUGCUCCGUCAACAACGAGCACGAACCUCGACCUUACGCCCAUCUCACUAGCCCUCAAGUUCCCUUCUCUCUUCAGCGACGAACCUCCUCCCGAACCAAAGAUUCUCGUCACCACAUCCCUCAACUCUACCCUUCACGACGAGGCACAUCUUCUCUGCACUAUGUUCCCCAAUUCUAGAUACAUCCCACGAUCAUCCCACCGCUACGGAUACAAAUACUCUCUCCGCGAAAUCUGCAAAUUUUCCGCCAGCAAGGACUACACUGCCGUCGUCCUUAUGAAGGAAGACCUCAAAAAGCCCACCGGUCUCUCCAUCGUUCACCUUCCCAAGGGCCCGACGUUCCACUUCACAAUAUCCAACUGGAUAGAGGGCAAAAAGCUUCCCGGUCACGGCAACCCUACCAACCACUACCCCGAGCUGAUGCUCAAUAACUUCAAGACGCCACUAGGUCUUCUCACUGCGAAGCUCUUCCAGACCAUGUUCCCCCCGCGCCCAGAGUUUGAGGGACGACAGGUUGUCGCGUUACAUAACCAGCGAGAUUUCAUCUUCGUAAGACGCUUCAGAUACGCCUUCCGUGACAAGCGCGCGACCGAGAAGAGUGUCACCGAUGCUGAGGGCAAAGCGCUCGAGGGUGUCGAGAGCAUUCGAGCAGGGCUCCAGGAGUUGGGCCCACGCUUUACGCUGAAGCUGAGGCGUGUUGACAAGGGCAUCGGACGGGCUGGAAGCGAAGGCGAGGAUGCUACUCAAUGGGAGUGGAAAUCAAAGAUGGAGAAGGACAGGAAGCGUUUCAAUUUGUAA